GACAUACAAAGACAAGCCAGCCAGUCUCCUGCGACAGCAAGACAGAUCCCUGGAUUUCUUGCUCUUGAUAUCGGCUGUCCUCCGUGGUCACCCUGUGCGGCAGAAUGCAUAGCACAUUCAACAAACAUUGACUCUGCAUCUCUUGGAAGGCCGUUGGUGUUUCCCGUGGGUCCUUUGUGGGGUAGGGAGUGGUGAUCGUGAUGGCAUCGCGAGGAAUAACUUCCUACUUUCCAGCUCCCACUAUCUUACAAUACUACCCAGCAUUUUAAGCAAACAGUUUUUUUUAAAGAAAAAGCUUUAAUUUGGGCCCUUUUCGCUCUUUUGGAACCAUAUCCUUACACACGCUUCACACAGAAGCAACAAUCGCUUAGCCGCCAUCUACGAGCUCCAGAGCUCAGUGUGUGCCUAUCCCAGGCGUCCGGUGCGGAGUGCUGUGAAAUCACCAUUUACACCCUACCAUUCCAAGCCUCUUUCUUUCGUCGUCCUUCUCUUCGGUAUUCGACUCGAUAUUCACCCGGAAGAUGGGAAUUGGAAACGGAAACGAAGACAUGGGUCCCCCACCGCUCACCCAGGUGUUGACGGGGAAGCAGGAACACUAUCUUAAGCGAGAACUGAUCAACCGCCAAGUUCGGAGCGAGAUCGCUGAGCUCAAUUCUCCAACCGCACUCCGCCGCUUCGGAGCUCCUUUCAAAUCUGAGUUCGGUGAAGUGGCUCCUGUUGACUCGGAACUUCCCAUUCUACGAUACAUAUUCGUCCGUCACGUUCGCAAUUUUCCUUUCCUCGAUCAGGCGAAGGAGGAGGAGUUCUGGCAGGCUAAACUGCAAGUCUUCCUGGAAUCCUUCGCCAACAAACACAUCUCUUCCUCUGAAGACCGUCAUGAGGUGACCAAGCGCCGUAAGCUUGCCCUCAAAUGCGAGAAGUUGGUUGAAUUGAUGAUGGUCUCGGGCAUACGCACAUCAUCGGGAUAUGAAGAACGGAUACGGUUUUCGGAAAUAGAAGUGGUCGAUCGAGGUGCCAACGAGCAAGGAUUGUUGGUCAAUGUUCCUGACGGACAUUCAAUAAAUGGCUGGGAUGUCAACGUCGCGGGCGUGAGAACUACGCUCGUGAAACGGACUGUCAGGUAUCAUCAGCAUGCGGAAUUUCUGCUCAGGGUGCGACGGCCAGGGAAACCGGAUAUCUAUGUUGGCCGCCGUUUCGGAGACUUCGCUAAGCUUCAUACCAGGCUCCGAACAGAGCUACCUGGCAAAAUUCUCCCGCCACUACCAAGGAAAAACAAGAGCUCUAUGUCUGCUCUUCUAGGAGGCGCCGAUGAUGAUGCGUCCUCAGUGUCGUCGCUUUCCACGGAAGCUGGACCGACAGAAGAGAACGGAAACGGUUCCACUAGGAACUUGCUCGUGCCGAAUUCUCUAGGACACUCUCCAUCACUUUCAUCGCUGAGAUCCAGAGACUCAGCAAGAGGUUCUGGAGAGCUAAAAGUUGAGCCUGUUACGUUGUAUCGUGAGCAACAGCGAGUAUCCCUUCGGGCCUUUUUGCGGGUGCUGUUGCAGAACGACCGCAUAGCCACCUCCAAAGCUAUGGAAGAGUUUCUAACUGCAAACCCUGUAACUUUGAACGAGGAAGAAGAGAUGGAUAUACAGCGGCGCAAAGAUAUAGAUGCAAAGAGAAUAGAGGAGCAGAGGCAGUUCUACGAAAUUGCCCGAAAGCGUGCUAAGGAGUUGGACGUUUACAUGGAAGAAUUUCGACAGGAUAUCGUUGAAAACAAUGGCUUAACGAAGCUUUUCCAUGAGAUCCGUAUCAAGGAGACGGUAGAGGAUCUAAGUCCUCAGUAUCAAAAAUUCGCUGAGUGGCUACGGAUCGAGGUUGCUGCGACUAUAUACCACCUUUUCCUCGCUGAAGACAAUUCGCCAGAGUUGUUUGCCCAAGCUAAAAGAAUCCAUUCACUGGUCCCCUAUACUAUCCUUAAAAACGUAAUUCGAAUUGCCAAUCCUGCCGCUGUUAUGACCGGCGUGUUAGACCUGUUCCUUGCCCAGCCGUUUGGAUCCAGAUCCCUACUUCAAAGGAUAUUCUCCAUGGCUAUCCAUGAUGGAAUGAAGGCAUUCCAGAAAUCCAUCGAUGCCCUGUCUACUAGAAUAGGCGAUCCUGUUUUGGUUGAAAAACUCCGAACAUUUACAUAUGCGGAUGAGGAUCUGAAGAAUCAUAUUCGGCAAGAAGCAGAAGAUGACGACGUGGAUAUCAUCGUGGCAAUUUUGCGCUCUGAACAAAUUCAACCUGAGCUGACCACAAGUCAGAUCGAGAAGGUAUUUAACUCGUACGUUGGUUGGGUUAGCGCUGUUGAGAACAUCAAGGAUGUAAUGCUGCAAGAUGCGCAGUGGUUUGCGUACUUGAAACAGCUGCUUAAGCUGUUGACAAGGCAGCGAGACAAAGCCAUGAUGCUUAAUAUAAUUGAGGAGCCCGUGACAUUGCAACUUUUCCGAGACCUCUUCACCAUAUUCUACGAGCCACUUGUGCGGGUUUACAAAUCUGCGAAUGUUUAUAAUAGUAUCACCGAUUUUGCGGCAUUUGCAAACGAUGCGAUAUCCGUGGUUGAGAAGGCGCAGAGACAAGACGUCUCUGCAGACCCAAAUCAAACAGUACAAUCCUUUAUAGACCUGUGUGUCCGUCAUCAACAGAGUUUCUAUAAGUUUGUCCAUGAAGUCCAUGUUCAUGAUAAUGGAUUGUUCGAUGCUCUUAUGGGCUGGCUGGAAGAUAUCCUGGUAUUUCUUCGAGAAGGGCCUGCGACCACCCUUGAUAUGAAUGCGUUAUUCCAGGGAGCGGUUUCCAUGAAUCAAAUCGACAAAGAUGUGGCCAUCCAGGAAAUCAACUCUCUUAUCAAGUGGCAUAUGGACCGCAAGAAAUGGCAUCACGACAAGACGAAACAGAAGAUGGCGGCCGAGGGAACCCCGUUGGAACCCGUUCCUGGAAGCGCAACGUUCAAGGGUAGUGAUUUCGGGUUGAACGAGGCCGACCUCGACGACUUGGCUAUUUCCGAUGCUGCGUCGGAUACCUCAGAUGAAGAUUCUGCGGAGGACGAACUCGACCCCAUCGCCUUAGAGCGGAAACGUCGUGCGAAGAGGCAAGAUCGGUUGCGACGAACGGCUGGAGAGCCAGUGAAACCGGAAAUUCGAGAGAUACUGAAACUUCAAGAGUCAUUUACUCUGAUGUUGAGGCAUGUUUUGGCGGAAUAGCGCCCGCAUACCUUCCCUGAGAUUCCCCGUAUUGUUAUCAUUUGGUUAGUUAUAUUGUUUGAGGUAGAAGUAGGCCUUUUUUUUUUUUCUCCCCUGGUGGAUAUGGGGGGCUGUAGUGAAGUGCUGCCAAAGAGGAUGCGUUUGGUGGUUGGUUAGGAGUUGUAUUCCGCAGGCUUGUUUCUUUAUUGUUAUUGGAUACUCUGUGAUAUGGUUCCUGGUUGGAA